GAUUUUUGAACCCCCCCUAGGACGAUAUAUAGUCGGGUUUGAGGAGAUCUCUCUUGGAGCUGGAGAGGAGAGGUUGGCCGUCUCUCUCUCUCUCUCUCCUCCAGCAGCCGUCGUGCUUCCCCUGCAGCCUCCCCGUCGCUUCAUCAUGGAUCUGUGGACUAAAAGAGUCGUUGGGAUUAUCGUUCAGGUCGCGCUGCUUCUCUCCAGCUCGUACGGGACAACCGGAGAAGAGGUGUGUGACAGCGCGCUGGUGUCCAAUCUGCCGCCGUCGUCCUUCAGGAGCUCCUCCCAGCUGUCCAGCAGUCACGCGCCGGGCUUCGCCAAACUCAACCGGAGAGACGGAGCUGGAGGUUGGUCUCCCCUCACCUCAGACAGGUACCAAUGGUUGGAGGUCGACUUGGGUGAGCGGACAAAGAUCACUGCUGUCGCCACUCAGGGUCGCUAUGGCAGCUCUGAUUGGCUGACGUCGUACCUGCUGAUGUUCAGCGACACGGGACACAACUGGAAACAGUACAGACAGGAGGACAGCAUAGGGUCUUUUCCAGGCAACAGUAACGCGGACAGCGUGGUUCAGUACAAACUGCAGCAGCCGACGAUCGCUCGCUUCCUCCGCCUCAUUCCUCUGGAGUGGAACCCCAGCGGGAGGAUCGGACUCCGGCUGGAGACCUACGGAUGUCCCUACACCUCUGAUGUUGUGAGCUUGGACGACAGCAGCAGCAGCAGUCUGGUGUACAGGUUGAGUACGGGGCCGAGGCGGACGUCCAGAGAUGUUGUGACUCUGAAGUUUAAAACCCUGAGGAAUUCUGGGACACUGCUGCACGCCGAGGGAGAGGGAGGACUUGGCCUCAGUCUGGAGUUAGAGAGAGGAAAGCUACAGCUGCUGCUCAGACAAGGUAGGACUUCGUCCUCUGAACCCCGGCGUCUCGCCUCUCUCGGCAGCCUGUUAGACGAUCAACACUGGCAUCAUUUAGCAGUGGAGCGGCACGGCUCUCACCUCAACCUCACUGUGGACAAACACACGGAGUGGGUUCAAAUCCCUGCAGAGUUCAGCCACUGGGACAUCGAACAGCUGAGUGUAGGGGCGCUGCAGAGUUCUCAGAAACCGGUCAUCUCCAAGAUGAACUUCCACGGCUGCUUGGAAAACCUGCUGUACAACGACCUCAACCUGAUACAACUAGUCAAACACAAAGACCACCGAGCUACUGUAAAGGGCAAUGUGACCUUCUCUUGUGCUGAGCCAGUUUCCGUCGCCGUGACGUUCCCCGGCCCCCAGAGCUUCCUCCAGUUGCCGUUGCCGACAGCGACGGCGUCCUCCUCCUCUGGGGGCCUGACCGUGGGGUUCCAGUUCAGGACGUGGAACAAGGCGGGGCUUCUGCUCACCUUUGCCCUGCCUCAGGAAGGGGGCGUGGUUUGGCUGUACCUGAGCGAGGCCAGGCUGCGGCUACAGAUCCACAAAGCUGGCAGGGCACUGCUGGAGCUCAGUGCCGGUUCAACUCUAAAUGACGGCCAGUGGCAUUCGGUUGAGCUGAACUCCAGACGAGGUCGUUUGAGCAUCGCGGUGGAUAAAGAGGAAGGAGGCAGCGCUCAGGCCAGCCCCUCAUUUCCUGUCACCAUAGAAAGUCACCUCUACUUUGGUGGUUGUCCCACUGAAGACGACCGGCAGGAAUGCAGAAACCCCUUCAACGUCUUCCAGGGCUGCAUGCGUCUACUAACUGUGGACAACCAGAACGUAGACCUGAUCAUGGUGCAGCAAAAGCAGCUGGGAGUCUACAGCAACCUGCAGAUCGACAUGUGUGGAAUCAUCGACAGGUGUUCUCCCAGUCGUUGUGAACACGGUGGCCUCUGCAGUCAAUCCUGGACCGUCUUCCACUGUAACUGCUCUGACAGCGGCUACAGCGGAGCGACCUGCCACAGCUCUGUGUACGAACAGUCCUGCGAGGCGUACAAACACAACGGCAACACGUCGGGACACUUUUAUAUCGACGUGGACGGCAGCGGACCAAUCAAACCGCAGCUGGUCUACUGCAACAUGACAGAGGAGAACACGUGGAUGGUGAUCCAGCACAACAACACAGAGCUCACCAGAGUCCGACCGUCUUCGGGUUUAAACCCACAUUCGGUCCACUUCGACUACCUGACCGAAGAGGAGCAGCUGCUGGCCGUGAUCAGCCAAUCAGAGCACUGCGAACAGGAGCUGUCCUACCACUGCAGGAAGUCUCGCCUCCUCAACACUCCAGAGGGCUCUCCGUUCAGCUGGUGGCUCGGUGGUCCCGGUCCCGGUCGUGUCCAGACAUAUUGGGGUGGAUCUCAGCCUGGCAGCCAGCAGUGUGCCUGCGGCCUGCAGGGCGACUGUGUGGACCCACAACACUACUGCAACUGUGACGCCGAUCGCAUGGAGUGGGCCGAAGACUCUGGCCUGCUCACCCACAAAGAGAGCCUCCCCGUCCGGUCUCUGGUGCUGGGUGACAUCCAGAGGCCGGGGUCAGAGGCAGCCUACAGGGUGGGGCCUCUCCGUUGUCAUGGAGACAAGAACUUCUGGAACGCUGCGUUUUUCGACAAGGAGACGUCGUACCUCCACUUUCCCACCUUCCACGGAGAGCUGAGCGCGGACAUCUCCUUCCUGUUUAAAACCACGGCCUCGUCCGGCGUGUUCCUGGAAAACCUGGGCAUCAAAGACUUCAUCCGGAUCGAGCUGAGCUCCUCCACUCAGGUGCUUUUCUCCUUCGAUGUGGGUAAUGGUCCGCUGGAGGUCCGCGUGGAAUCGAGCGCCCCGCUGAACGACAACCGGUGGCACCGAGUCCAAGCCGAGCGGAACAUCAAGGAGGCAUCGCUUCGAUUGGAUGAACUUCCUGCCGCCACUCAGGAAGCUCCUGCUGACGGACACUUCCACCUGCAGCUUAACAGCCAGCUAUUCAUAGGAGGCACGGCGUCCAGGCAGAAAGGCUUUCGGGGCUGCAUUCGCUCUCUGCAGCUGAACGGCGUCACCCUGGACUUGGAGGAGAGGGCGAGCAUCACACCCGGGGUUCGACCCGGCUGCCCGGGUCACUGCAGCAGCUACGGAUCGUUCUGUCAGAACCAGGGCCGCUGUGUGGAGAGAGACGCCGGCUUCCAGUGUGACUGCAGCCUGUCGGCGUACACUGGAGUCUUCUGCCAUACAGAGGUGUCGGCCGGCUUCAAGUCGGAGACGUCCGUCAGCUACACCUUCAAGGAGCCGUACGAGUUGAGCAGGAACAGCAGCGCUCUGCCGUCCUCCAUCUACUCCGACAUGACGCUGAGAGGAGAGAACGUCUCCCUGAGCUUCAGGACCAACCAGAGUCCAGCUGUGCUGUUCUACGUCAGCUCCUACUACAGAGAGUACCUGGCCCUGCUCAUUAACAAGCACGAUAAGCUGGAGGUGAGAUACAAGCUGGACAGCAGCAGAGAUGCCGAAGUGUUGAGAAGCAGAGUGAGGAGCCUGGCCAACGGACAACUGCACACUGUUACCAUCAGGAGACAGUCAGAGUCUGUGUCUGUGCAGAUCGACCAAAACGCCAGAGAAGACUUCAACCUGACAUCUGAUGGAGAAUUCAAUGCCAUCAAGUCGCUGGUGUUGGGCAAAGUGCACGGGUCUGAUGAUUUGGAUCCAGACCUGGUCAGGUUGGGUUCUCUCGGUUUUACCGGCUGUCUCUCGGUGGUCCACUUCAACUCCAUCAGCCCCCUGAAAGCUGCUCUGCUCCACCCGGACACCAGCCCCGUUUUCAUCACCGGACCUUUAGUCCAGUCCAACUGCGGCUCUUCGACUUCAGCCAAUCCCUACGCGGCAGAGAACACACACCACCUGUCAGACCAAUCUGGUUCAGUGAGUUCAGGUCAACCUUUAGUCAAUGCCAUGAGGACUGACUCAGCUCUGAUUGGAGGUGUCAUAGCGGUGGUGAUCUUUGUGAUUGUGACUGGUCUGGCGAUAACUGCCAGAUUCCUCUACCGGAGAAAAGAGACGUAUCGAAACCAAGAAGUGAAGGGAGUCAAACAGGACGACAGCCCAGAUUUCCCUUUCAACAACCAGGCUGACUCCCAGAACGCCUCCGGCGAAAACCCAAAGGAGUAUUUCAUUUAACUGGAGGCCCCGAUGACCCGAUGAGCUGGUGGUGGUUGGUUUUUGGAGCAGAGGUCGCAGACAGAGAGGCGCCCCGUCACGCCUCAGGACUUUACACUGCACUCAAAGCCACUCAGAGACUUCACCUGGAGGCCGUGGCUCCACAGCAUGUGCAGGCAAAAGAAGAACAAUUCACAUAGUGUUGUCUUUACUAUAAAAUUGUGAAUAUAUUGAUACAAACAGGCAACAGUGUUGGACUUAUUGAGGUGUUGAUAUCCUUGUUUCAACUGUAAAUACUCAAAAAUGUAAAUGUUUAAUGUCUUUGUAACAAAUCUCUGGAUAAUGUCACUUUGUCAUGUUGAAGUGUUGGAAAUAAUGAAGGUAUUAGUAUUGUGAUGGUGGAUGGGUUGGGAAAACGUGAAGCUCUGCGAUCUUGUGGCUUGGUUUUUUCUUGGUGCGAGAUGGGUACUUCUAUGUAGAGACAGGAGAGAAAUCUGCAGCAUGUUUAAAUCCCCUGGAAGCUCAGUCAGACCUUUGGUUUCACUCACCUUUCAGUCACCACUCCAGGAAUAUUUUGUGAGGUCUUCAACUUCCAGGAAUUUCUCUUUACACAAUCCCUGCCACUUUUAACCUCUUUGAAAGUUUUCACAUCUUGGGUGGGAAAAUAACUUGAUGUGUGUAACUUAAUGUGAAAGGGAAGGCGCUUGUUAGUGAACCUAUACAGGAGAUUAUAACUCAAAUCUGCAGCUCCCUUUCAGUGUCAAGGAGUUUUAUCUGUCAGGCUGCUUUUACUGUCGCGGUUGACUCUCAUUGCAUCAUUUUUCAGCUGCAGCAUGCAGCUGUUUUUAGCACUACCCACUCAGCACCAGCAAAGUUACAGACCACCUGGUUCACCAGCAAAAAAAAAAAAACAGAUAUUCCCUUUAGAGUUAGGAGACAAAAUCAGAGCUAAAAAGAUGGCAACAUUAUACUUGCAUUGUCUUAACUGUUGGAUGUGUAAAUAAGCAACUGCUUUCCAAGUAAGUCCACCAAAUCAACACAACUUGCAGCAACCCCAACCAUGAGUUCUUCUGGAGCCACUACUUUGUCAGAAAUAACCGUUUACGGUGCAGAGAUACCAACUCACUGUCGGCAAGCAUUGGGAGGCAAUUUGAAUCAGGGGUGGGAAUGAUGGACAUAAAAACUGUUCACAUAUUCAAAGUAAUUUCAGAAUGCAAAAACAUUGAAAGGCUGUUGCUGUAUAAAACCAAUCAUCAAAAAUGGGUUUUCAUUUAAUGACAAAUCAUAAGGAACAUACACAGCGGUGAUGAGCUGGAUGCAUCCAUCCAUCCAUCCAAUUGCCGGUCAUACGCAAGUAAUCAAAAGCCAGGUAAGGUCAAUAAACAUUUAAAAAUAGCUUGAAGCUCACAAAAACAUAAUGUCAGCUGUGAAUCAGUUAAGUUUACUCUGCACAUACUAAGAGUUUCAUUAAAACUGCGCAGACAUCUGAAUUUACGAACUUCUCUUCCCAUGGUUCAAACAGCAUUUUAGUAAAAACUAGGUUCCUAGUCUGUAGUCUGGAAUAAUUUGAGAACUUUUAUAUGUGGAUGAUUGUGUGAAUGUUGCAAUGAAGGUUUAAGAUAUGAGCCAUAAUCUGAGUAAUGGUGGACUGACACGGGAACAGUUUAUUUUUAUCAUCCCUUUACUUCUUUUCUAAACAUUGUGGCACUGGCAGAAAAACCCGGUAUCAUCCAUGAACUUCUAUCAGUUCUGUGGUUCCCCUUAAAGCCUUCACAUCCUGUUCACUUUUUUUCUUUCCAGCCGAACUAAAAAGUCCUCUCCUCCUGCUGUAUGCCACCCGCUGGGAGUUUCCUCUCGCAGCCUUCCUAACAGUAAAGCUUUUAACACUGACAGCAGCACAGACUCUUAACACCACUGCUGUCUGUCAUUUCAUUCACUACAUGCAGAGACCGUUAAUGUGUUUUUGAAAUGCUAAUCUGCUUUCGGUCUGACAGGUGGAUUGUGACUCAACCGAAAGCGGAGAGAUGAUCGGAAACGAAACAGAAAAGAUAGGCCGAGAGAAAGUGUCAGGCAGACAUGGAUGUAAUGAGAACAGCCUGAUGUUAACACUUGAAAAUGAAGCAAAUCCUCCCAUGUGUUAAUUCAGCUCAUGUGUAAAGAGUGCUGCUGAUAAAGAGGAUGAGAGGCAGAAAGAGGAUCGACAGCAGCUGUUUAUCAAACACACACACACACCACUGUGUCUCUGCAAGACCUCAAAACACAGAUGGGAUUUUAAUGACAAAAGUUGUUCAAACUUUAAAGUGUCUCUUUAAACUUCAUCUUUGUGCAUUUAUUUUUUUAACCCCACAACAGGUGAACAGCUGAUGACUGUUUUCUGUCACCUACAGUCACAUUCUAAAAAAGGGGUGCUUGGUUGAUGACCAAAUCAUGCUUCACUUUUGAAAAACAGAUUUUCCUUUAACGUACAAACAUGUCCAUCAAUUAACUAAAUCCUACCAUGACGCUAUGAAACAGAAAGAAAGACAAACAUUCAACAGUCCAGGGUUACUUUAAGUUCAACUACCUUUCAAAACAUUUACAGUAUACAGAUGGGAAAACUGUCAAACAGUUGCAUAUGUGCACCUGUAAACCUAACCUGGCAGGGUUUGUAGUUAAGCUCAGUGUAACUAUGAUGAUGUAAUGGUACUUAUUAUUGGUGAAUAUACAGUGAUGUCAGUGAGUUUGAGUGACAUGAAGAUUUUAACCAUAUUCUGGUUGGUUACAGACAAAAACCUGUUUGAUGACAAUAAAAUUGUUUUUUCAGAGACGUUUGAUUAAGUAUGAUUUUCAGUUUUGGGGACGCUAAAAUCGAACUACCAGCAUCCUUGACCCCCUAGCAGCUAAACUUUAAAGGACUGAACAAUGGCUGCUGUUUUCACUAGCUUUAAGACUGCUGUGAUUAAGCCACUAUUUAAGAAACCACACCAUGAUCUAGGGGGCUCUGAAUAAUUUAAGUGACCAAUCUCUAACCUUUCAUUUUUUAAGAGUUGUCGGAGCAACUCAGCCCACAUAAUUAUCUUUUGAACAUUUGCAGUCCGCUUUGUAGGGCCCAUCAUUCCAGUGAAACUCUACUUAUCAAUCAUCAGUGUUUCUUCUGGAUCUUGGUUCAGCAUUCAAUACCAGGUUGGAAUCCAAUUGUGAUAUUAUCUAUAAGUAUCAUGUCUCCACUAAUUAUGCCGUCUCUCACCCAAAGUCAGCUGGGAUAAGCCCCAGCCCAACCGUGACCCUGAUGAGGAUAAGCAGUUACAGACAAUGGAUGGAAUUUUGGAGUACCUCAGGGUCGCGUUCUUGGUCCUCUAUACAUUUCACCUCUUGGUCAAACUAUGUAAAACAUUUCCACUGUUAUGGUGACGAUACUUGCUCUGGGCCUGUAAACACAGACAAACACGGUCAAAUUAUUGAUUUUAGAGGCAGUGAAAUCUGGGAUGCCUGCCGACUCCUUGGACAGCGAUUUGACAAAUCACAUGUUUCAAGAGUUACCGUUAUACGAUCAGUUUAACAGCCAAGUUAACCUUCCUUUUUGAGACUGCCUUCACGGUUCAGUUAUUGGUCCUCGGUUCCAGGGUGGUGCCCAUUUAUCAACUUUGAUAACAGGAUUAAAAAUAGCAAUAAAUCUUUUGAUUUGCAACUAACCAAACCUGCCUACCAGAUACGAAUAUAGUAGCAUAAAUAGUGUUCAUUUUGUGUUGAAGCAGUCAAGACUAAGCCAUUCCUCCUUUCAUCACCCACCAUGUAAUCCUGAUCAGCUCUUCUUGCUCUCCACAUGAUGCAGAUGUUGUUUUCUAAGUCGAGGGGGGGGAUCCCCUCAUCAGCAACUCUGCACAGAGGAACACAGGACUCCUGCUGAUUGACACCUGCGUACACUCACUGCUUUCAUUAAAAUGUAAAAAUGAAGGCAAUUUAAAGAUUAAGAUCUUUUAUUUUAUUCACUGAGGUAGGUGAAGAAAAUUUGAUGAAGUGUGUGAAUAUAGCAGAAUAACUCCGGGACACUGAAAUUUUAAGUGGUCAGUAUUUACUGCUAGCACUGUAAUAAUUCUGAUGACUAAUGUGCUGUAUCACCCCCCUUUAAAAAGUAAUUUAAAAGAUUAAAAUCAGCUUUUUUAAAAGCGUGUUUGAAGUCAAAUGAACAGAAUAAAUUAUAUUCCAAACACUGGCAGCCAAAGCUUUUGUUGGAAUAUGACUUAUUAUGCAUCAUUGGUUAUAUUUUCAUUAAAUUCAGCCACUUUUUUACCCAAGCUUACUUCCUUGUAAUUCACCAACCUCUUUCUUUCUUGAUUUGAGACCAUUCCUGUUUGCAGCAUCUCAACAUGUCACACAAACAGCAGAUAUAUAAUCAAUUAAAAAAGAGACAUCAGAUGUUAACUUCAGUGAAAUUAAAUGUUUUGAUUCGUGAGCCAUUUAGUGGGUACUUGUACCGUGCCUCAUUUUCAGUAUCUAUUUUCUCUACAGCUAUUACCAGAACUACCUAUUAUCGUACAGGAUAAUUGCUAUGAUUCCACAUUGUCAUUUCAUUUGACAUACAGGUGUGGACACGUAAUUGACAGAAGUGAAGCUUUAUUCAUUAAAGGAGGGAGAAAAAAAAAGUCAAAUUGAGAUUAAACAUUUAUGUUUAUAUGCUGUAGCUGAGCUACUGAGAUCAUUACCUCUGGCCGAUUAUGCGAAUAAUGACAUUUGGAAAAGCGGUUUUAUGAACUCACCAACUUGAACACAGCACUCACACCUCCAGUGUCACGCCAGACUGGAUCUAUUAAAGUCACCUAGAAGGUUAUGGUGACAUUUACAACUGCUUCUUGGCACAGGUAUCAAACAGCCUACCGUCACCACCUCACAUCAGGGUUAUUACAAAAUGCCAGGGACACUGGUGCUUUUUACCCCCCUCCCCAUGCUAAGUAGAAGCCAUUUCCUCGUAUUGAUUUCCCUUAUCAAAUCCAAACCUGCCUUGAAACAAGAUGUAAAGAGAAGCAGUUGAGUCAGGGAAGGAUUUUCAGACUUUGAGAAGAUUGACAGGUGGAAAAAAGUCGGUCUAGCUAGUGGUAUUAAUCUUUGUCCUCAAUGAUACGGUUUGUAUAACAUUACAAACAUGUUUGGUGAUUUGCCACCUCUGAUUAAAUUUAGACGACUAAAACGCUGCUUAAUCACAACACCUCCACCUCCAACACUGGCCAACCAGUUUAGGAGAUUGACACACUUGAGACCACUGUUCGUAUCCAAAGUAACACAAUGCAAGGGUAAAACAACUUAAAAUCUACUUUGGCCUUGGCUAAUUAGAACAGUAAGCUCCCAAGAUAUCGCUUGUCUGGCUGCCCAAGCUAUUUUGUGGAAUGACGAUAACGCCAAUGAGGUCAGACAGCAAGGACACGUUGCAAUAAUUAUGAAUAAUGAUCCACUUACUAGCUUCUCCAGAGCUCCAUUAGAGAAAACUCCAUCUACUGAUGAAAGCCAUGAGAUACAGUUAAAGACUUAGUAGAGUACAGGGAGCUCUAGUUAAGAUUAUUCUAUCAAAAUGCUUUUCAUAUUUCCCCCCCGGAGACCUCAGAAGCCUCAACUCACUUGUUUCAGAUUUGACUUGCCGUUUUAUUAUAGUUGUCAAAGAUGGGAGACGCUGGUGGGGCAAAGGAGGAUCUCGUCUCAUUACACAGCAGUAGAGUAAUAGGAGUUUCUCUCCGCUUCAACUUGAAGCCUCCGAUGUUUUGUCACGACGCUCUGCUGGUGGGAAUAGAUCUCCUGUCUCAUAGCAGGCUGCUGGUAAUUAUCCAGCCCACCUACAGUUUAUAAUCUGAGCGGCUGUGGAGAUGUUUCUCACUGUGGAGUUUGAAUUCAAACAGAUGAGUGAUUGGAUGGCAGAGUUUGUCCUGCUAAUUAUCCAGCCCACCUACAGCAUGUAGGAGGGAGCAGAGUCAGUACACCAUCACUUCUCCCCACACACCAUUUCGCUUAGCUGACAAAUUAUCUAACAAACACUUUGUUUCAUUUAUGUGUGGGCUUAUUAAUAGGGAACAUCUGCUAGAUUUUGGUACCUGCGUCAACUGAACAGCUCAUUAAAAUCUAUUAAUACUGAAGAAUGUGACGUCUGUGACCCUAAAAAUAUUUUUAAGUACCAUUACUAAUGAUGAAACUAAUUUUUAAGUUGAUAUUUGGGGUCCUGGUGUUCAUGAGUGAUGGGGAAACGGCUGUCUGAGCCGGAAGGCAAAGAAUUUGAUUCUCCAAUCUUUCCACAUUCCAGCCCUCACUCAAAGUCAGGUUUGGGUAGUGACCAAGAGAAUGAGAUUGUGGAUACAAGCAGCCAAAAUGAGCUUCCUCCACAGGGUGGCUGGGCCUUAGAGACAGGAUAAAGGAGCUUGGGCAGCCGGAGGGAGUUCAGGGUAGAGAUGCUGCACCUUAGCAACGAAAGGUGAGGUGGUUAGGGCAUCUGGCCUGGAGUCUCCUACCGGGUCGACAUGCCCAGAGGCAUCACAACCAACCAGAACGCAUUGGAGGGAUUAUACAGCCCAUCUGGCCCGGGAACGCCUCAGGUUACCCCAGGAGGAGAUGGAAGGAGUUGCUGGGGAUAGUGUAAACCUGCUGCCACCGUGACCUGACCAUGGAUAAGGAAAUAUGAUUGAUUACAUCUAAGGAAAUGGGGUUAACGCCUUCCAGGCAGCCAAACUAACAAGAAUCUACUGUAUAAUUGGCAUAUUUAGAAUAAAGUGAUUGUAUAAAGUUGAACAAAACUGGAUCCAUUUGCUUCCGUCAGGAUGCUUCUGAGAAAUGUGAAAAGGUAGUUUUUAAAUUCUCCAGUAUCCCAUUUGUUCUUGAAUUAUUUUACUCCUCCUGUUACCUGAUGUCAGAGGUAACGCCACACAAGAUGAGACAAAAUAGGAUAAAGCAAUGAGAAUGUAUUGUGGAACAGAUCAAGCUGAUGUGUCUGCAGAUUUCAGUCUCACAGCUUUAGUUUAAGAGCAACUUUUCUUAGGAGAUAACUCUGGUUUAAUCUCUAAUAGAAAAAUAAUAGUCCCUGGAGAAACGAAGCCAAUCUGUGACAGAAAUAACAGCGGUGGAGGACAACUUUUUAAACAUGGCUGCCUGCAGAUGACUUUUAAAGGAUUAUCCUCACACGUCGUCCUUUACCUCCGAAACAUUUCCAGCCUCUCCUCCCUGUCUGCCUCCACACAGAAGAGUCAGCGUUCAUCCUGAUACAUAUCAGUUAUUACAGCCGAGCCACCUUACAGCCUCGCUUUCCAAUAAUAAAUUGAUUUUCUAACAACUUUUUUUUUUUUUAUAUAUAGUUUCACCUCUACAUGCUCUUAUCAGGCAGGCGGCGAGCUGUGAGGAAGAGGAACAGGGUGCAGGCCUUCGACACAGCUGAAUCCAGACGACCUCGACUAUUAGUUAAGAUCUUUUGUCUCCGAAAACUCUGCCAGCUUUAAAUCUGAUAAGCAGCUAAAGACAUAGAUCAUUUAGAGUUGACGCUUUCUUGAUUAAAUCUUCAGUUUCAUGCAGGAGAGGCUCCAUAAAUAAAGUGAACGCACCUCAUGUUUACUGAUGUUCAAUGUACAACACAGGUAUUGUUUGGCACUUUCAUGGUAGUGACUCUCACAGUCUUACCAUUCAAGGCAUGCUCAGCAACUGGACAGUGAAAUAACUUUUGUCCAUUGGACAAAUGGCGAGUUCAAAUUUUAAUCAGCCACCAAUAGAUUACCUUUUUUCGGGCUGAUAAAUACUUGCAAAUUGUUCCACACUGGCACAAAGUUAAUUUUGAUUAUUCAAAGUUGUUUCAAGGAGUAUGGCCUCUCCUGAGGGUUUGUUUGUUUUUUGUUACAGAAAUUAACUAAUUUUCCUUGUGUAGCGGUGAAGUAAAUAAUAGCCAAGUUAAUUUUAAGGUGAAUGCAACAGUACUUUUGGUUCUUGAACAGAUCUGCAGCAAGAAAGCACUGAGGUGUUCGCUUAAUCAAGGCAAAAAUUAUUAUAUACACAUGUUGAUAAAGAUAAGACAAUAUACCCUGUGCUUACUGAGCCAAUGCUUUAAUAGUGGAAGGCACAUUAGUAAGAGCAACUGUGGUCAAUUUCUCUGUCGAUCUUAAGGUAUGCCACUGUCAUCAGUACCUUGAGGUGUUCACAUGCUAGAGUGUGUCAUUUACCCCACUGCUGCUCUUCCAUUACACACCUACAUCCUGACAUUUACACUGGAAUCCUAUUUUCUCGUUACCACACACACAUACUCUAAAGCUAUUUUCAGCUCAGCAUGCUCCUUCUUCCCAUUCUGCUUUUCCAUCAGCAAUUCUGACAUUUUUUUCCAGCUUAUUUUUUAAACUUUGUUACGAGUUUCUCCCAUCUUGUCUUUUAAUCCACUAUUUUUUUCCUGAUAAUUUCCUACAGAGUGAAUCAUCAAUACACACUGCCUGUUUAGUUGAGAUUAAAAAAAGCUGAAUUAAUUCGUUAACACGUUUUGCCAGAUAUGGGUGAGUGUAAUAUUAACUUGAUUGUCUAUGUGCCGUUUUUGGCGGAAAUACAUUUUUAUUAAGAUGCUCUGUAAAUCUGAGCACAGAUUUAGUUCGCUGUAGUAAUUUUUCCCUGUUGCUACUGGAAUUUAUGUUUCUUUAGGUUGGUAGUAAACCAAAAACAAAAAAAAAAACAA